AAAUGAAACUGUUUGUUUUAGUUUAUUUUCUACAAGCUUAUGCUCAGAAUACUUUGGGUAUUUGCAGUACCUCAUUCUACCCACCUGACAGGCGCGUUGUAAGGUCUUCAGUGGCGGUGAAAGCAGUUGUAACGGAGAAAACUCAAACAACAGCUGAACUGUGGAUACUUUACGUUUACAAAGGUGGAGACAAGUUAUCUGUCUAUCUGGGUCUGCCUAGCACUCACCUCUAUGAUGUAAGCAUGCAGGAUAUAAGGGUGUCCGUGGAUCUAGAUGAUGUGUGUGCGAAUACGGUCCAACUUCAUUCAAAACAGGAGUUCAUUGUUCUUCUCAAGUAUCAUAAUGGAAAACUGAACCUUGAUCCAAACCCGGGAGCUAUCAUCCCAUACUCAUCCAACCUAGACAAGAGAAUAUAUAAUCUUCUAGGCUGGGAGCAGUGGGCCGACUGGACUCAAUGCUCCAGCUCCUGUGGAGGUGGCGAGCAGAGGAAGACGAGAAUCUGUAGAACAAGAUUAUGUACAGGGCAUUCAGUUGAAACACGUGGUUGCAAUAAUUUCCCUUGCAAAGGUGCCCUGGACCUUUUUUCUGUACAGAAAAGUCAGUACUACAAACCCGAUAAACACUCAUUUAAAAAGAUCCCUGGUAGAUUAGCUGGAUGGAGGUUAAAGGCUGGUUCUUAUCUUCUUUAUCCAUUCCAGGAAGUUUUCCGAACCAUCUUUCCCAGUGUGUUUUCUGUUUUCCUGGUAUUCAAACCGUUCACACACUCAGAGGGAGUUCUGUUAAGCUUAACAAAUCCACAGAAAAAAGAUGAAUUUAUUUCUUUUGAACUCUCAACCAUUUCAGGGGGUAAAACGUUGGAGGUCAAGAUUGUACACUCGACUGUGAAUGGUACAAGGGUAGUUGGUGUACCAGCAGAGAUACUGUACAACAAGUGGAACAACUUGGCUCUCAGUAUUGGAGAGGAUACAACAAUUAAAAGCUAUCUAAACUGCAGAUGGUUGAGUACCCAGAUACUGCAUGGAUACCCGAUACAGCCAGCAACAUUCCCAGAUGUUGCAAUUGGAUAUAUGUUCCAGGGUGAAAUAGAACAGGUUAUUGUUUCCAGAAAUCCAGAAGAUGUUAGUGAUGAAUGUACAGCAGAAAAGCCUAAACAUGAAACACACACAACAGAGGAUAAAGACUACCUGGAUGAAGACUAUUUGGAUGAAGAAGUUGUGGAAUUAGAACGAAGAGGAAACGAUGAAGAAAAAACUAAAAGAGGAAUGAAAUACGAUAAUCCUAAGAAAAGUGAAGAAGAAUUAAGCGGAGAAGAGGGGGAGGGGAGUGGACAGGAUGAUGAUGAUAUGGAGUCCAGUGGCGACAAUACUUAUGGACUAGAAUGGUCCUCCUGGACUAGCUGCAGUUCAACCUGUGGACGAGCCACACAAACCCGUGUUUCCAGAUGUCUUGACUCUGAGAGAAUGAUGGAUUGUAUUGGAGAGGGGUUGGAGAGAAAAGUAACUAGAGCUUGUUCCUUACCACCCUGUAGAGUUGAAACAAGCGCAUACAGUCCCUUUAAACCCGAGAGUCACAUCACCAACGAGGAUAUUCAGCUGUUUAAUAACAGGUUUAGGACUUCGUCUGCACAGGCGAAUGAAACUUAUUCAGUAAAGCAAGAAAAUCCAGCUCUUUCUUGUGGCUGCGGUAACAAUGGACACUGCACAGCAAAUUCAAGUUGUGAAUGUAAUGAUGGUUGGACUGGUCCUGACUGCAGUACACCAAUCUGUACACCAAACUGUGAACAGGGUAAAUGUGUACAACCGGAUGUAUGCGGAUGUAAUUCUGGGUAUACAGGAGCCAGAUGCAAGACAGCCUUUUGCCAUCCAGCCUGCCAGAACGGAGGUGGAUGUUCAGCACCUUUUAUCUGUACCUGUGCACCAGGAUUCACAGGAAACUUCUGUCAAAAAAGUUUGUGCCAGAAAUCUUGUAAAAACGGAGGAACAUGUAUUAGAGAGAAUAUGUGCGCUUGUUUACACGGGUUCAGUGGUGUGGACUGCGGAGACACCACGUGUACACGAAAAUGCCGCAACGGAGGAGUGUGUACAUCUGCUAACAAAUGUACAUGCCAAGCUGGAUUCUACGGAGAGCUCUGUCAGAAAAGGAUCUGUGAGAAGUACAGUAAAGUAAAAGAACCCGUGAGACAAGCUUACAAAAGAGUUGUGACCGUCAGCUCUGUUGUUGCUCCCUUAGUUCCUGUUUAUAAAACCUUCUAUAGAACAACAUACAGAACCACUCUCAGGUGUAUUGAUCCUGUUCUUCACUAAGAAACUUGUUGUCUUAUAUCAAAGGAGAAAAAAUGUCUAAACAAAAGAAAAAAUGGCUGCCCUCACUAACAAAAUGGUUGCCCUCACGAACAAAAUGGCUGCCAUGAACAUUCUGAAAGAAAGAAAACUAUGUCAUUUUUGGUUCAAAAUCUAAUUUGUUUUUAAGGAGAAAUUAGGAACAAAGUCUAUAAUAAGACAAGUUUUUCCACAAAAUAUAAAUAGAAAAUAGAUAAACUAGUAUCUAUGCUGCUACUCAUCUGAAAAUAUAGAAAUUACCUCUCUGUAAUCCUUAAAGUUGUGAACAAAGUUAUGAUAUAACAGCUAAAAGCUGUGAAAGUUUUGCAGAAAAUGAUAUAAAAACAGCCGAUAUUGAUGGAUAUUGAUAUAUGUACAUCUCUCCACAGUAUAUUUAUUAACCCUAAUAUUAAAUGUACAGUGGUGACCAGAAUACAUUGGAAAGAUUGUCGUCUUCUUUUGUAUGUUAUAAAUGUUGCCAAUUAUUGUGUAUUUUUUAACUAAAUAUCUAAAAAAUUCCGAAUCCAUGAGCAAUUCUGAAAUAAAAGAAAGUACGAAGACGACUGCAUAAAUCCUCUGUUUUAAGAUGACCACUAUAUGGUAGUAGUUUAUUCAGAAAUUUUCAUUAGAAAACCAGCUAAGAAAAAAAACGUUGUUUUAAAAUGUAUUUCUAAUGGAAUAAAAAUAAUUUGUUGUCAUUUUAUAAAA